AUAGGAAGCGGGACCUACCCUCCCGUCGCCAUUUUUCGGUCUCGUACUUGCACUUCUGGUGGCUCGGGUGAGGGGGGGGACGAGCAGAAAUAAGGGAAAGUAUAAAAUAUAUAAUCGUUAAGCCGGGAUCCCUCGUGAGCAGUCAUAGCACGCGAGAGCUACAGUAUAACGUACUGGUUCCUGAGAUGCACGCGCAGGAGACGAGCCGCUGCUGUGAAAUAUUUUUUUGUGUGAAGACGUGUUGCGGGCCGCCAUUUUUUUGCCGUGCUGCCUCAAAAGUCUGCUCCGACUCGAGAAAGGGAAUUCAAAAACGCAUUUCCAUGACGUGUGCCUUACCAUAAGAUCAAGAAGAUACAAACUAAUCAUUUCGUUUCCGACCCGCGGCUACUGGCAACCUUUAGCAGACAUGAGGAUUUAACAGAUGAAAAGCUGAGGCCACCUUUUCCGUUCUCGUAACUGACACUGACUGGAGGAGAUACGUUAUUAGAAGAGAAGCCUGGUGUUUUAUCGGAAGGCGGAACGAAAAAGGGAAGCUUUAUUGAUUUGGUGCUUCGGUCUUCGUCGAUGUUUGUCUGUCACAUGUCAACUGCUCGGUUUGAUUCAUCUGAUCGGUCCGCCUGGUAUUUUGGACCCGUGUCACGACAAGAGGCACAGAAUAGGUUACAAGGACAGAGACAUGGCAUGUUUCUUGUUCGAGACUCGUCGACGUGCCCCGGCGACUACGUGCUGUCAGUAUCUGAAAACUCCAAAGUGUCUCACUAUAUCAUCAACUCUUUGCCCAGCAAGAGGUUUAAGAUAGGCGACCAAGAGUUUGAGCACCUCCCUGCUCUCCUGGAGUUCUACAAAAUCCACUACCUGGAUACGACCACGCUGAUAGAGCCAGCCCCCAGGUACCCAAGCACAGUGAGUUGUCCCAUCCAGCCCAUUGGUGGCCCAGAGGAGAACCUGGAGUAUGUGCGGACUCUAUAUGACUUCACUGGCAGUGAUGCAGAGGACCUUCCCUUCAAGAAGGGGGAGAUCCUUAUCAUCCUGGAGAAGCCAGAGGAGCAGUGGUGGAGCGCCAAGAGUAAAGAGGGACGUGUCGGGAUGAUCCCUGUGCCCUAUGUGGAGAAAUUAGUACGACCUUCACCUCACCCUGGCCAGCCUUCCCAUGGAUCUCGCAACUCCAACAGCUAUGGAAUCCCUGAGCCCUCCCACGCCCUCGUCCACGCCUAUGCCCAGCCCCAGACACCUUCGCCAUUGCCUCCUGGAACACCUGGAGCAGUUAUCACCCCACUACCAUCCAUGCAGAAUGGCCCCGUCAUGGCAAAGGCCAUCCAGAAACGAGUGCCAUGCGCCUAUGACAAAACAGCUCUUGCUCUAGAGGUUGGUGACAUCGUCAAGGUUACACGGAUGAACAUCAGCGGCCAAUGGGAGGGAGAGGUGAACGGACGGAGGGGUCUCUUCCCAUUCACCCAUGUCAAAAUCAUAGACCCCCAGAAUCCGGAUGAGAGUGACUGACCUAAGAGUUCGACUGGACCCUCUCGCCAGUAUCGACCUGUACCUGAAUGUGCUGGCUCUCUCCACCUUUCCCGCCAGUGUCACCAUGGUUACAUGCUUGCCUGCUUGGGGGCUGUACAAUGAUAGCGACCCCUCUGUUGUUGCCAACCGUUGCAAGGCUUUCUGACUGUUUACAGCUUUGGACAUUGGAUCCAAACUAAAACCUGACCCCACUUCUCCCAGUUCCCUUUCCCAUGUCUUGAUUCCAGGCUGGGCAGGGUUUUUGCAUAUGUGUCCUUUUUCUUUCCAGAUCACUGGGCAUCAGUGUGAGUGUGAGUGUGUGUGCGUGUGUGUGCGCGUGCGAGUUCACAAUGGAUAUUUACCACAUUACAUGACAACAUGUUUUUUAUUUGAUUUCUCUGAAUAUUUGUUAUGUUUGAAGUCUCUAGGGACUUUAGAACGUGUUUGUGUGUGUUUCUGUUGAUGUGAGGAUAUUUGUACGAAGUAGAGAAAGAAAUAUCCCUAUGGACUUGGGAGAGCACUGAGGAGCUAACCAGCCAGUCAAAUGUUAUUUCUCCAAACAAUCAAGUCACUGUUGUACCAUAACCAUCACACAAGCGCACACAUGUACACACACAUGUUCACACACAUACACACACACACACACACACACACACGUAUUGGCCAUGAGUGAUUCGGGUUGACAGGUUUUUGAUAUGUAUGUGAUGUGUGACUGGAGUCAGGAGGAAGCAGGAGAGAUGGGUUUGUGGAGGAUCUAGGAUGUAGCGUGACAUAGAUCCCAUGAUCCCAACCGCUCUUCAACCUGGCACAAGUCUGGCUGACAAGACUUAUUUAUCUUUUGUUAAUAAGACAAGACACAGCCAUAUGUGAUCAUCUUUUUCUUAUUUGUGCCACAUGAUCAAUAAUAAUUUUUGUUGUUUUUUAGUUUAUUUGUGAGAUUGAGAAGAUGUAUGGUAGAGGGGUAACUUUGCAUGUCCACUUGGUACCUCUCUUUACUGUCCUUAUUAUUUUGAACUUAAAGGACAUUGCUUAGAGUUUAGCAGGUUUUUAGUGCCAACAGCAUCAAGCACUAGAAGAUAUAUUUCAACUUUCUGCAUAGGAGUGCAAAGCUUUGAACAGAUUUUCAAAAGUCAAAUAGCAAUGGCAGUAGCCCUUGGCAGCACUUCCCACAAGCAUCUGACUAGCUAAAAACUUAGUGUCGGCACGAGGACUGAAGGCUUUCCACUGAGGUGAGAAACUCCACUCUUAGUGGUGUAGGUCAGGGAAGGAGGAAAUGUCUCAGCAAACCAAUAAGAUCCCAUCAAUGCCUUUUUCAGAGAGUAAGAUAAAUGCAUCUUUUAGCGCAUGCAAUCCCCUCUCAAACCUUAUGUUUUUAAUAUGAUGUUACUCCUGUCAAUUUAGGAUUUCAACCAGCUUUAUUCCUUAAAUAUUUGGCGUGUGCACAAUUUUUGUCUCUCUUUAUGCAAACAGACUCUAUUGGAGUAGUGGAAAGCAUCUCUGUUCAUACUGUGCUGCAACCAAUUCUGUUUGAUCGGUAGGAGCCAGUAGGAGGAUUAAACAGUUGACCAGACAGUGUCGACCCCUAGAUUUCUGCUGUAAAAAUGAACUGUUUCACCGCCUUUCUCUCCUAGUGCUUUCCAUUCAAAUUAUUGCUCGGCCGUUCACUCAGAGUAAAAUUGUGCAGCUUUUAGUUGUAUCCCAAAUUUGUUUUUGUCUUUUGUUAGUUUGUAGUCAGCUAUUAAAACAAGCAGUUUUGUUAAAAUUAUUGAUGUUAUUAAACAAAAGUACCUACGGUGACAUUUACAAAAGGGAAAAAUGCCUGCUGGUUGCCUCUGUGCAUGACCUCUUGGCCAGGGAGAUGGUUCUGCCUGGCCAAAUGCUGCUUAAUGUCAUUUAUGUCCUUAUUAAAUCAAGGUUUCUGUUAUUUUAAUCCCUCCUGCUCUGUGCAAACAAACCAGUGUGGGUUUUCCUCAUCACACUUAAUGAAAUCUACUAAUUAAGCAAUACACCCUGAUUAUUUCCUUUCUUGAGGUGAACUUGCUUUUCUCAUGCUUCUGAGUUGUUUUGUAAUGGCAUUAACAGUAUUACUGUGCUCUCUUCUCAUAUUCUAGGAAAGCCUGUCUUUUACUUAAGAAUUGAAAAUUGUGCCUUUUAUUUUCUUAUACCAUUUACAUGUGUUAAUAUUUCCCAUAGUUAACACCUGUGCUGGUAUUGACCCUUUAUGUACAGAACAAGUAAAUAAAAUUUACGUCUACUUCUUUAA